UAGUCGUACGGCUAGAAACAGAGGCCUAUUGUGUAGCCGUACGGCUAGCCUCUUGUCUAAUCAUACGGGGCUCUCAAGAGAAAUGGCCAGUUCAUCUGGAUCAACGCAAAACAUUUAUGAUGGGAAUCCACAACAACGAAAAAAUGAAAACAGUGAAAAUACUGGGAAUAAGCCAUCAAACACUAUAGUAAAAGAUGAACCAGGUGACAAUACACAGAAGAUUGGAGCCAACAAAACAGACACUAGUCAAACUGGACUGAAAAAUGUUGAUGUUGCAAGGAAUGAAACUAUACCCGAGUCAAGCAGAGAGAUGACUGAUGAAGAUCUUGAUGUUCUUAUUAAUGCCAUGGAAAACAUGAAAAAGUCAGAUGAUGGAACAUUAGAGGAUUUUAGCAAUCAUCCAGCUUUCAUGACAGAAUUUGACCCAACAAAGCCAAUGUCUGCUGAGAUGGAAGGUCUGAUGAGACUCAAAUAUGAGUCUGAAGAUCCUAUAGCUCAGGCUGAAGCCUACAAGGAAGAUGGCAACCAUGAGUUCCAGAAGAAGCAGUACUGUAUCGCCAUUGACAACUACACAGAGGGCAUCAAGGGCAGGUGCUCUGACCGUCUGCUCAAUGCUGUCUUGUACACAAAUAGGGCCGCUGCCCAGUUCCAUCUAGGAAAUCACAGAUCUGCGUUGAAUGACUGCAUCUUCGCUUGCAAGUUUAAACCAGAUCAUAUAAAGGCUUUACACAGAGGUGCCCUUUGUUGCCUGGAGAUGAAGAAGUAUGAAGACUGUGUCCACUGGUGUGACAGGGCUCUAGCUAUAGAUGCGAAAAAUUCAAAGAUAUUGGAUGUGAGACAGAAAGCUACAAAGCUGCAGAAAGCAGUAGAGAAAGACAAGAGGAAGGAGCAGCUACAAGACAAGAAAGCUCUGACAGCAGAUGAGAAACUUCUAGAAGCUAUUCAGAAAAGAGGCAUUAAGCUAGCGGGAAUGAAAACUGACGAGAAUGGCAAGUUGCACCCUGGCCUUCUGUCCAGCAUUGAGACUCACAAUCCGCGUGAAGUCAAGGUUACCAUGGAUACCAAUGGCAUUCUUUACUGGCCUGUGAUGUUCCUGUACCCAGAGCACACUGAGACGGACUUCAUUCAGACUUUCUGUGAAAACCACAGAUUGAUAGAUCACCUGAUGCACAUGUUUGGGGCAGAGUCAGACCUGCCACCGUGGGACAAGAAACAAAGAUACAAACCUCACACCAUUAAUAUUUAUUUUGAAGAUAAAGAAAAGGAGAAGCUGAUUAAAAUAAACAAAGAAUCAACUCUAUUGAAAGUGCUAAAACAUGAAAGGUUUGUGAUACAUGGUGGUAUGCCAGCAUUUAUCUUGACAGUAGCAGGUUCCAAGUUCGAACAGACAUUUCUUACCAAAUAUCAAUGAUAUUCAUGGUAACAAUGUACAAAAACAGCAUCAUGCCAGUCAAUGCCUUGGAGUGUUCUAGGUGGUCAUAGUGAAAACCCUUGGUGCCUCAUGUAUACUGUCUUAACCCAUUUAUGCCUAGUGGACUCUCCCAUCUUUCUAAAUUGGAUCAAUUUAUUUCCAAAAUUAGGGAUGUCUAGUAUAUUUAUUAUGCUCCCCCAAAAUUUAUUUUUGGGGGAGCAUAUAGUCGCCGCUUCGUCUGUCCGUCUGUGUGUCCGUCUGUGCACAAUUUUUGUCCGGGCUAUUUCUCAGCAACUAAUGACCGGAAUUCAAUGAAACUUUAUGGGAAGCUUCACUACCAAGAGGAGAUGUGCAUAUUAUCAGCGGGUUCUGGUCGGAUGAUUUUUCACAGAGUUAUGGCCCUUUGAAAUUUUCCAUUAACUGUACAUAAAGUGCAAUUCUUGUCCGGGCUAUUUCUCAGCAACUAAUGACCGGAAUUCAAUGAAACUUAAUGGGAAGCUUCACUACUAAGAGGAGAUGUGCAUAUUAUCAGCAGGUUGUGGUUGGAUGAUUUUUCACAGAGUUAUGGCCCUUUGAAAUUUUCUAUAAAAAAAUUAUUGUCCCCCCCCCAACUACUGUGCCCUCAAGGCGUUUCCUUUUAUCUGAAUAAAUAGUGCAAUAUUGUGACAAAAAAAACUUUGGGGAGCAUCACCCGUCUCCGACGGUUUUUUGUUUCUAUAUUUAGAAUAUUUCUUACAGAAAUUCCUUUAAGCAAACAACGCAGACCCUGAUGAGACGCCGCAUCAUGCGGUGUCUCAUCUGGGUCUACGCUGUUUGCCAAGGCCUUUUUUUCUAGACACUAGGCAUAAAUGGGUUAACAUGCCCACUUUUGGAACAGAUACUUGUAUCAGAGACAAGUGUUUAAUACGAGCAAAUACCUGUGUUAUCUGUACUUGUUUUGAUAAAAUAUGCAAGGCCAAUGGUGUCUCCAUGUAUUCAGUUAAUACCAUAGAAUUUUUUACCGCCAACAUGCAUACUUGUAGAUAUGAGGUAAGGCAGAUGUAAUAAAAGUAUUUCAUGUGCGCUGUCAUUGAUGUUUGGAUGCCGUGUCAUUGUUUUGGUGCUAUGCUAAGAAACAGGGUCAGUAAAUUUGAAUGAUACUGAUAGAGCUUAAUACAAUUGAAUACUGAAUAAACAAUCUUUAUACUAUGUCAUAUGAAUCUGACAACUUAGUUUGCAUGCUUUGAAUCGUAUCACAUAUUGCCUGAUACAAACAAUAGAGUAAUCCUAUCAUUGACAUUUCAAUUAAGUUUUUUCGCUCACCACUGUGCUCAUAGUAUUCUGUGCUAUUUGUCGCUCGUCAUUUCAUGUGUGCAUUUACUUUUCUUCCAACAACUUCUAAACCACUAGGCAUUUUGUAUUGACACUUCACAGGAAUAUUCCGUGGGUGACCCUCCUUUAAGGUUUUUGUUCCGCAUUAUUGCAUUGCAUAUCUAGGUUACCAGAGCUAAAAUGAUUUAAAACAUUAAAGUUUCACAAAUCUUUGGUGGAACCACAAAGGUCAUAGGCUUAAUAUUUGGUGUGCAACAUCUUGUAGCGGUCCUCUACUAAUUUUGUUCAAGUCAUGCCCCUGGAGUAACAUAUUUCCUCACACCUUCCUGUUUCCCUUAUAAGUGUUAAGUGAACUCUUUUUUUAGCUUGGCUGUUUUCGGAGAAAACCCAAGGUAUUGUCAUAGCCAGCUCGCCGUCCGCCAGCGUCAUGCAAAAACCUUGACAUUUUGCUCUAAAAUCAAAGUGCUUCCACCUACAACUUUGAAACGUCAUAUGUAGAUGCACCUUGAUGACUUCUACACGCCACACCCAUUUUUGGGUCACUAGGUCAAAGGUCAAGGUCACUGUGACCUCUAAAAAAAUAGAAAUUCUUUCAAGCUUUCAUUUAUUAAAAAAUGCACCUGCAGCCGAGCGUUGGCACCUGUUAUGUGGUGCUCUUGUUCUCCAGACAUUGCAAGGCCCACCGGUUUUGGUAUUUGGCGUGUAACAUCAUAGGUAGAUCUCCACCAAGUUUGUUCAAAUUAUGCCACAGGUUUCAAAUUGCUUCCCUUGUUUGUAAGAAAAAAAUCCUUUACAACUACAAGGCAUUGAUGCUUGUUAUUAUGUAUAUAGUCUGAAGCCACAAGACCCAUAGGUUCAUGCAUAUGGGGUGAACAUUGGCUACAAUCAGGGGAUCGCUUGUUAAAGUCUCUAUAACACUCAAAAUCAAGUAAAAUUUCGUAAAGUAUUUCGUAAAAUAAAGUAAACACCUAAACAAUCAGUGUUCCUUAUAGCAAUAGCCACAAUUUCAACGCUAUAUGUGGUAUGAUUACAUAGAUUUUUGUAGAUACAAAAUGCUCGUUUUUAUUUACUUGCGACACAAUUCCAUUUUAAUUGCCCGCGAAUAUACCUAUUUAUACGACACACGAACACCAUGUUAGUGUUCAUGUGUCGUAUGAAUAGAUAUCGCUGCGGGAAAUUAAAAUGGAUUUAAAUAUGCAAAACAAUAAUGAAAACGAGCAUUUUGUAUCUACAAACAUCUUUUUUACCAGUCCACAUCUGGCGUUGAAAUUUCGGCAAUUGCCAUAAGGAACACUGAUUUUUAAUUGGUUAAGUUUAUUUUACUCAAACUUGUACCAAAAUUUCGUUGAUUUUGAGUAGAAAUGUUACUUUAAAUGAUAUCAGUGAGUUUGAAAACGGUUUCAAUUGGUUGGAAAAUUUGGCCACCAAGGGGAUGCAAGUAUUUUAUAAUAUUUAAUUAGCUGUACCGGAACUUUCUAAAUGCGCACAUUUUUGGUCAAUUGUCAUGAAACUCGCUAAGAACAUUUCUUAUUAUGAUCUCCUGUCCAAGUUUAAAAUAGUUUCAGAAACAUCACAAAAGCUGCUCAGAACAGUUCAGUUAUCUUGAAAUAUCAGGAGAGCCUCCCAGGGAUUAUUGCCCUUUUGCCAUAUACACUCUAAUACCAUUGAAUCUCUUUGGUGGAGUCAAAAAAUGCUUUGGAGAAAUUGUGUGUCAAAAGUGAAUACUGCGAAAUACUUUAAAAAUCAAAUGCAGUUAUUAAAAUUGUAUUGGCAUUGAAUUGAACAGUUUAUUGAAGAUUGUUAUAUUAUUUAUAAAUCAGUAGAGUUCAUUAAUUUCUAUUAAUGUCUUUGCAUGUAUGACUUGAAUAUAAUGCAAAAAACAUUUGUAUUUGUAAUCAUCAUCCAUAUUUUGUGUUUAAAGUACAUUCUCAUUGAUGUGUUCAAAUGGAGAAAAAAAUCUUUCACUUUGGGGAAAUAAAUUGUAGCACUAGCUGGCAGACAGUUGUAUUGUGCAUAAAAAGAAACAUCUGUAUGGUGAAUUAAAAAUAUCAAGCUU